AUGGAGAGCUUCGCCGCCCGCAGCUACGGCACCGGCGGGACGGACAACCGGCCGCUCUUCGGGGAGACCUCGGCCAGGGACAGAGUCAUCAAUCUGGUUGUUGGCAGCUUAACGUCCUUGCUGCUUGUAGUCACUCUGAUCAGUGCUUUUGUCUUCCCGCAACUACCUCCAAAACCUGUGAAUAUAUUUUUUGCUUUCUGCAUCUCCUUGUGUUGCAUUUCUGCUGGCAUACUUAUCUACUGGUAUCGGCAAGGAGACCUGGAACCUAAAUUUAGGAAUUUAAUUUACUAUAUAUUAUUUUCUAUUGUCAUGUUAUGUAUAUGUGCCAACCUGUACUUCCAUGAAGUGGGUAAAUGA